GGCAUUCCUCAGUGAUAUGAGUGCUCUGCGUGUGAGGAGAGCGUAAGCUGGAGGCUGGUAGGAGCGUCUUCCCAGCUUCUAUCUGCAUUGAUUCCUGCUUCUUCUUUAUUUACCCCUGAAAAGAGAGGAGCAGAGACACUCGAUCCCGCUCUGUCCUUUGGCAAGCUGUCUCCUGGAGAUCUUUUCUUUUUUUUCCUUCAUUAGCAUGAGAGAGAGGCUGAGAUUAUUCUGUGCAGUGGGACUGGACUGUAUCUUUGGCUUAUAAAUGUGUAUGGUGAUAUUUGCGCCGCUUUUUGCCAUUUUUGCCUUUGCAACAUGUGGAGGAUACUCUGGUCAGCUGCGGGUUAGUGUGGACUGUGUCAACAAGACCGACAGUAACCUUAGCAUUGGCAUCAACUUCGCUUAUCCAUUCAGGUUGCACCAGGUAUACUUUGAUGCCCCGUUGUGUCAGGGGAAGAAGCAGGAGCGACUCUUCCUGAUAGGAGACUACUCCUCCUCAGCCGAAUUUUUUGUCACCAUCGCCGUCUUUGCCUUCCUGUACUCCCUCCUUGCCACUGUGGUCUACAUCUUCUUUCAGAACAAGUAUCGAGAGAACAACCGAGGGCCCCUCAUUGACUUCAUUGUGACCGUGGUCUUCUCCUUCCUGUGGCUGGUCAGCUCAUCUGCCUGGGCCAAGGGACUAUCAGAUGUCAAGGUUGCAACAGAUCCGGACGAGGUUCUGUUGCUGAUGUCUGCCUGCAAGGUCCAGAAUAACAAGUGUGGCUCGGUAUAUGGGCCCAUCUGGUCUGGCCUCAACACCUCUGUGGUUUUUGGUUUCUUGAACUUCGUCCUGUGGGCCGGAAACAUCUGGUUCGUCUUCAAGGAAACGGGAUGGCACAAGUCGGGCCAGAGGUACCCCUCCAGCACCUCGGAAAAGCAGGCUGGCGGCUUCAACCAGCAGCCCUACAACCAGGGCAGCUUUGAGCAGGAAAACUUUGCUCAGUCCGGGGGCUUGAGCGCCCAGGGUGAUCUGGGUCAGCAGUCAAGCUACAGCCAGGUGGGCGGGUACGCACACAGCGGGCCCAUCUCCUUCGCCAAUCAGAUGUAGCCUGCGUGUCCCGGCCAGCACUGCAUUCCUAAGGGCACAUUUAUGGAGGGCACAAGAGUGGUAAGAGGUUGGCAUCUCAGUCUGGCUUCACUGCAGUUGGGGGUGGCAUUACUACCAGUCUUCUGAUGAAAAAAGGGAAUGGUCCCAGUUUGUCCCAGAUCCUAAUAUGUAGAUUAUAAGUAGAGACCCAGUUGGUACCUUGAGCGGUGUUGCAGGUACAGCAGGUGUGUAUUUGGAGUAUUGUACAAAAUCAGAUGUUGUUCUUUUAUUUUCUGGACUUGGGUUUUCUUUUGGUUUUCUGGAUAUUGUGUUGCCUGUGGUUUCAGCUGUCUGUUAGAGGAAUCUUCUUCUGUGAUACCGUAGGUGCUGUGCCACAGACCGACUCAACGUAAGUAUUUUUCAAACUGGUUUGCACUCUUGUGAAAGAAAAUGUGGUCAUUUGUACACUUAUUGAAGAUGAUUAUGUUGUGUUAAGUGCAUGAAAUUGUGCUGUUCAAGUUGUUAAUA